GGCGGAUAGCCGCUUCUCACUUUACCUUCACUGCCUGUCAUCAUGUCUUUCACUGGAAAGUACCAGCUGGAGUCUCAGGAGAACUUUGAGCCUUUUAUGAAGGCUAUUGGUCUUCCUGAUGAACUCAUCCAGAAAGGCAAAGACAUCAAGAGCAUCUCUGAGAUUGAAGAGACUGGGGACAACUUCAAAGUGACGGUCACUACCGGCUCAAAGGUCCUCAUUAAUACCUUCACCAUUGGAAAGGAGGCAGAGCUGGAGACAGUUACUGGAGAGAAGGUCAAGGCGGUGGUUCAGCGUGAAGGCAACAAGUUGAAGGUGUCCCUGAAGGGAAUUGAAUCCGUCACAGAAAUGGUGGAUGGGAACACAAUUGUCAAUACGAUGACUCUUGGUGGCAUUGUAUACAAGAGGACGAGCAAACGCAUGUAAAUGUCUACACUUGGGAUAAUAAAAAGUAAAACUGCA